UGGAAAACCACUUCGAACGAAACCUUGAUUGUCUGAGAGCAAAUGUGGUGCCCGCAUUUACCAGUGACUGGCAUUAAACUCUCGAAAAAGCCGAAGGAAUUGCACGCUUGUAAUAUAAAUCUGUGAACAUAUUCAUAGAUUCGAGACAAAAGCGCAAGAGAUGAAGGAGACGUGUAAUUUGCACUUGAGUGACCACUUUUAGGUGUACAUUUGGUAACCGGGUGGCUCUGAAGAUCAGGGUUGCCAUGGAGAUGUCUUGGGAUGAAGACUCUGGGAAUGCUGAUGUUGGGGAGCUGCUUCUGAGCAUUCAUCUGGAGAGGUACCAGGACAGCUUCAGGCAGCAUGGCUUCCACACGGCUAAAGACUUCAUCCACCUUGACAAUGAGAUACUCCUUCAGAUGGGGAUAACAGCUACAGGCCACCGGAAACGGAUUUUGAAACUUGCGCAGCAGGCGCCGCAGGGGGAUUUACCACAAGACAUUGAGCCGUUUUGGGAUGGGCCUCAGCCAGAUCCUGCUCGUGACGAAGCACCUCCAGAGGAACCGGCAUCCCUAUGGGAUCUGAAGCAGCUUCCCAACAACUGCCUUCCAGGCAUCCCUGGUGCAACCACAGAACCACACAGAGAUCAGGCAGAAGCUGUGGAGAAGCCAAUCCCCAAACCCAGAACUAUUUUCAACAAACCAAAAACAGAACCUCCAAUCGAACCCCCUCAGAAAUGCACUUCAAACUCCGUCAUCGUUCUGGAAGGUUUCGUUCUGGGGGAAUCUAGCACUGAUGUUGAGGAGCAUGGCUCUGAACUGGGAGAGGACAGGUUAUCAAACUGUGGCUCGCUGGAGUCCCUAGUGAAGGAAGAGCAGUCUGCAGGGAUCCUACCUCCAGUUCCUCCUCGAAUCCACAUGGGGAUCCCACCGGCCAGUUUCACAGGGCAUGGCUCACCUGGCAGAGGAGAACAGGACAAGCUCAGCACCCCACCUCUCUCAUCCUCCCCCGGCUCCUGCUUCAGCUUUAGGGAGGUGGCCAGCUCCACGCCGCCCACCCCUCCUUAUCCAGAAAUGGAAAUGGUCUCCAAUGAGAUUUACUCAGGCCUCAGCCAGAGUCAGUUGGGUGUUACAGCGAGUGCGCUGGAGAUGCGCAGGAACAGACCUGUCCCACUGCCCCCAGCUAGACUGGAAGCCAGCUCAUCCCUGGAAAAAUCCAGCACUUUAAAAAGCAGUGCAGAGGAACCCCCAUCAGUACCUGUGCCUACCAAGAGAAUCCUGGGUGACAUUUCACUCAGAGAGGCUUCCCUUUUUUCUGCAGUUCACCAGGAGGAAGUGAUCAGCCCAUACUGUGAAACCGUGUUCCAGAGAGACAGACAUAAUCGGGAACAAAAGACUACUCGAGCUCAGACUGAGGGCACUGGACACUGCAAACAGGAUGAUGUGGGGGAUUCUGGACGGAGAGCUCUCUUGAAGGAACAGCGGAUUUCCCAAAUUCUUCUCAGCGAGUCAGAAGGCUACUCCAUGGUGGGGGAGCACCAUGCGCCCAGCCAGAGCUUCUCCCUCCCCCCAGACAUGUACGCUGACGAGAUGGGAGACGACAUGACCAUCUCCCCCUACGCCAGCUUCACCUCCCUCCCUGACAGGGCCCAGCCCAUCAUCAGCGGCUGGUUGGAAAAGCUGUCCCCGCAGGGGAACUAUGUAUUCCAGAAACGCUUUGUCAAGUUUGAUGGGAAGAAUUUGAUGUACUUCAGCAACGACAAGGAAGUUUACCCUAAAGGAGUGAUCCCUCUGGCAGCAAUCCAGAUGGCUCGUGCAGCGAAGGACAAUAAGUUUGAGAUUGUCACGAGCCAAAGGACAUUUGUGUUCCGCGCUGACACUGAAGUACAGCGUAAUGAGUGGUCCAGCACACUUCAGAACAGAGUCAAGGAUCAGCUGGUCUUCUCCAGGCCUCGGUUUGGGCCGGGCAGCCACUGCCAGAAGAGUGGCUACCUGGAGCUGAAGGGAACCAAGUCCAAGGUCUACGUUGCCAUCAACACUGAUCAAGUGUGGCUGCACAAGAAUGAACAGGGUUUUAAAAAUGGAAUUGGAAUAACUUUGAUCGACGUCCGCGGUUCAACGAUCAGGGACAACAAAAGCAAGAGCUUUGAGCUGAUAUCCCCCUUUAAAGUGUUCAGCUUCACCGCGGAGUCAGAGCGUGAGAAGAAGGAGUGGAUGGAGGCUUUGCAGGAGUCCAUCGCAGAGACCCUCUCUGAUUACGAGGUGGCUGAGAAGAUCUGGUCCAACCGCUCCAACAGGACCUGUGCGGACUGCAAGGCCUACAACCCAGACUGGGCCUCCAUCAACCUCUGCGUGAUCAUCUGCAAGAACUGUGCAGGUCAGCAUAGAGGACUGGGCACCACCAUUUCUAAAGUUCAGAGCCUGAAACUGGAUACGAGUGUGUGGAGCAAUGAAAUAGUCCAGCUCUUCAUCAUGCUGGGGAAUGAGAAGGCCAAUGCAUUCUGGGCGGCUCGGCUCCCCUCUGGGGACGAGUUGGACUCCGAUGCCUCUCCAGACCAGCGCAGAGAGUUCAUUGGGCUCAAGUACCGGGACGGGAAGUACCGGCUCCCCCACCCCCACUUCAGCACGCAGGAGGAGCUGCUCAAGGCACUGUGCGCAGCCACUGUGGAGCAGAAUCUCCUCAAAACAGUGACUCGGAUCUUCUCAGAGGUGGAGGCGGCUGAUGUAACAGACACAAACGGAUAUGACAAUUCCAGGAACUUGUACGAAACCCACCUUUACAGCACAGAUUUCAGCUCAUCGGAUGACUGUGGCUCAGGAAGUGUGUACGAUGAGAUCAUGCAGUCUGUGUUGCAUUCUGGGUACCUCUACAAGUCAACAUCCACCAGCAAAGGGACAACAACAAAGAAACCCAGAGAAGAGUUCCAAAAGCAGUGGUGCUCUUUGGAACGGUCCCUGCUCUUCUACGAGACUGACAAGAGCACCGAGCCCAGCAUGAAGAUCGAGCUCAGUGACAUCAUCUGUUUAGGAGUCACCCGGCCUGCUUCACUGACCAGCCCUGGCCCUUUUGACAGAUUCAGAUACACUUUUGAGCUUUACUUAUCCUCAGAGAAGCUGUACCAGUUUGGGGUUGAGAGUCCCGAGGCUCUGCACAGCUGGACAAGUGCCUUAGGAAAGGCAUGCACCCCGCUCAGCUGUCACUGUCUGCUGGGCCGGGAGUUUGAGCGCGUGGGCCGGCUCCGCUACAAGGCCAUGCUGGAUCCCGAGCAGUGGAAGGAGGGCUACUUUGUGCUGCAGAAAUCCAACCUGUUCAUCUGUCCCGGGAGCGAUGGGGCCGCGGAGGACAGCAUCAACCUCAAGAGGUUGCAGGAACUCAGCAUUGCCUCUCAGAAUGAGAACAAUGAGAAGAAGGACAUUCUGGUGUUGGUUGAAAUGGGAAGGACUCUCUACCUCCAGAGCAUGGCACGGAUGGAUUUCUCCAUGUGGUAUGUGGACAUCCAGACCGCUGCGGGAGGGAAAGGGAAUGCACUCAGAGACCAGCAGCUCAGCAGGAAUGGCAUCCCAAUCAUAGUGGACAGCUGCAUAGCCUUCCUCACCCAGUACGGCCUGAGGCACGAGGGGAUCUACAGGAAGAACGGAGCCAAGUCUCGGAUCAAGCUGCUGAUGGAGGAGUUUCGCAGGGACGCGCGGAACGUCAAGCUGCGCAUGGGGGACAACUUCAUCGAGGACGUGACCGACGUGCUCAAGAGGUUCUUCAGGGAAAUCGACGACCCUGUCUUCAUGGCGGACCUCCACCACAUGUGGCAGGAAGCUGCAGUGAUCAGUGAGAAGCUGCAGCGCUUGGACUGCUACAAGAAGCUGAUCUGCAGCCUGCCUCGAGUCAACAGGACCACGCUGGCCGCUCUCAUCGGACACCUGUACAGGGUGCAGAAGUGUGCAGACUUAAACCAGAUGUGCACUAAGAAUCUGUCGCUACUGUUCGCUCCCAGCCUCUUUCAGACUGACGGGAAAGGGGAGCAUGAGGUGAAGAUUAUCGAGGACCUCAUUGAUAACUACCUCUAUGUCUUCGACAUUGAUGAGGAACAGCUGACACAGAUGGAACUGGAGAUCAGUCUGAUCACAACCUGGAAAGACGUGCAGCUGUCCCAGGCAGGCGACCUGAUCAUCGAGGUGUACCUGGAGAAGAAGCUUCCUGAUUGCUGCAUCACCCUCAAAGUUUCCCCUAUGAUGUGUGCGGAGGAGCUGACCAAUCAGGUUUUAUACAUGAGGAACAUCCCAGCCGGGGAUAAAGACAUCUGGCUGACAUUUGAAGCCAUCGAGAGCAGUGAAUUGGAACGACCCCUCCACCCCAAGGAGAAGGUUCUGGAACAGGCCCUGCAGUGGUGCAAACUGCCUGAGCCCAGCUCAGCGUACCUGGUGGUAAAGAAGAUUCCUAAUGGACAAGCCAUCAAAAUCUUUACUGGGUUCCAGAGUGAGAUUGUGAAGAGCGGGGGGCUGAAGUGCCGGGAGGAGCCGCCCAGACUGCUGCAGGGAAACAAGUUCCAGGAGCGCUUCUUCCAGAUCCGCGAUUGCAAGCUUCUGCUGCUCAAGGACAAGAAGAGUAAUAAACCUGAGAAGGAGUGGCCACUGAAAACCCUAAAGGUUUACCUGGGAAUUCGGAAGAAGUUGAAAGCCCCAACACAGUGGGGAUUCACUGUGUUCAUGGAAAAACAACAGCUGUAUCUGUGUUGUUCUGGAGAGUCUGAGAUGUGGGACUGGAUGACAAAUAUCCUCAAGGCUCAGCAUGAUGACCUUCGACCUGCAGUUCUCCGGCGGCACUCCUCUGACCUCUCCAAGCAGAACUUUGGGACGAUGCCCCUGGUCUCCAUUCGUGGAGAUGAAAGCAACAGCACCAUGCUGUCAGCCAAUCAGACUCUGCGAAAGCUACAUGCUAGAAGGACGCUCUCCAUGUUCUUUCCCAUGAAGAUGCAGCAGGACUCGUUUGAGGAGCAGCCCUCGAGCCCUGAGCCGCUGUACGAGGAGGUGGGAGACUUCGGACUCCAGGUGCUCAAGUCUCUGCAGGCCAGUUUCCUCUCGGGCCCCUCGGAGGUCCCUCUCAGCAGGCCGGCUAGCCAGGACCAUAGGAAGACCGGCUCCCUGGACAGGAUGAUCGGCCCCAACCCCGUCAGGACGCUCUGCGUUGAGGGAUCCCAGGGCCUUUCCCAAUCUGCAUCUCUGGAGAGGCUCAGGAGCCCAGACUACAUGGAGCCGCUCGUACUGGAGGACUCCUGCACCACCGACCCAGAGGGGCCUGCCAGGCCUUGCCCCAGAAAGAAUGCCUUAAGCACCCCUUCCCAAGACAAGCUGCUGCAGGAGCUGGCCAAUGUGUUUAUGAAGAAAGGCGAGCCCGGGAAUGCAGCCAGCCAGGCUGGACAGAACAUCCUUUAGGAUUAUAGAAUCCAGUCCUGAGGGUUCUACUUGUGGUGUUCAGAGCUGUGCGGAUUGUGCGGCUUUAUAGCCAUUGAGCGAUAUGUGUGACCGAAACAGAUAUUUUUAAACGGGGAAGUGUUCAAUGGGAGAGCUGCUGGACGUACUGAAAAGGUUGAGAUUAGCCUUCUCCCAACCUUUGUUGGGCAGCCUCCAAAUUUGGUGCCCUUCAUCACUGUCCAGCAAUUCCACAAAGGAACAGUGGGUUUAAAUGCUGCUUCUGGGUGUUGAGUGUUCUAGCAUCAUAACAUCCUUGCUGUUGCCAGGAGCUUUUAAUAUGAAGAAAUAACUGGUAACCUGUUCUGUGACACACACAUACAUGCAUACUUGCUCACAUACAGAUGUAUUACUCUCGAUUACAUUGAGACUACCAGAAUCCAAGUCUAACCCAAACAUAUGAAACACAGAAACAGCAGCAUGUAAAUCAGGAGUAAGGUAAACUUUAGUGCCGGUACUCUAACUCUUUAUGUUGCUGUAAAAAUUGUACCAGAAGGCUAGUCUUUUGAGUUCUUGCAAUAACGUCACGUUGGAAUCUAAAAAAGUCAAAGCAACACACUUUUUAUUUUCAUUUUGCAAACUGCACUUACAUGCUUUGUGUAAAAACCAACCAACCAAAAAAAAAAAAAAAAAAAAAAAAAGUGUAUAUAUUUUAAACGUUGUCCUAUAUAUUCUUUACUGUAGUAACACUGGUAUCUAGAAGUAACACGGUUUGUCGUCAUAUUAAACGGUGCCAUUAAAAUUUUUUGAGUUAA